AUGCUUUCUGUGGCCAAGAUAGGACGCGCUGAGGCACGGUGGGCCAUCUCCAGGUCGUUUGCAUCGUCGGCUAUAAGAAGCCAAACCAUUGGUGAUAUUAAGGGAAAAGAUGUUAAUGCUUCCAAAUACAUGAGCCAAAAGUAUCAUGUCAUUGAUCAUGAAUAUGACUGUGUAGUGGUCGGAGCUGGUGGAGCUGGGUUGAGAGCUGCUUUCGGACUUGCCGAGGCUGGGUUCAAGACUGCUUGUAUUUCCAAAUUGUUCCCUACUAGAUCUCAUACGGUUGCUGCUCAGGGAGGUAUUAAUGCUGCCCUUGGAAACAUGCACAAGGAUGACUGGCACUGGCACAUGUAUGACACGGUCAAGGGUUCUGAUUGGUUGGGAGACCAGGAUGCUAUCCAUUACAUGACCAAGGAGGCGCCUCAGAGUAUUUACGAGUUGGAAAAUUACGGUGUUCCAUUUUCCAGAAAUGAAGAAGGUCGUAUCUACCAGCGUGCCUUUGGCGGUCAGUCCAAGGAGUACGGAAAGGGUGGUCAGGCGUACAGAACGUGUGCGGUGGCUGACAGAACAGGACAUGCACUUUUGCAUUCGCUUUAUGGCCAGUCGUUGAGACACGAUACCCAUUUUUUCAUCGAGUUUUUCGCGAUGGAUCUUCUUAUGCAAGAUGGAGCCUGUGUGGGUGUGAUUGCCUACAACGAGGAGGACGGAACCCUCCAUCGGUUCAGAGCCCAUAGAACCGUGAUAGCUACCGGAGGUUACGGUCGUGCUUACUUUUCGUGUACCUCGGCUCACACCUGUACCGGAGACGGUUACGCCAUGGUUUCGAGAGCCGGGCUUCCAUUGGAGGACUUGGAGUUUGUGCAAUUCCAUCCUUCUGGUAUUUAUGGUUCGGGAUGUUUGAUCACCGAGGGUGCUCGUGGUGAAGGUGGUUUCUUGGUCAACUCCGAGGGUGAGCGUUUCAUGGAAAGAUACGCACCUUCCGCCAAGGAUUUGGCUUCCAGAGACGUGGUUUCUCGUGCCAUCACCAUGGAAAUUAAUGAGGGUCGUGGUGUGGGACCUCACAAGGACCACAUGUACCUUCAAUUGUCGCAUAUUCCUGCUGCAGUUCUUAAAGAAAGAUUGCCAGGUAUUUCCGAAACCGCUCACAUUUUCGCCGGUGUCGAUGUCACCAAGGAACCCAUCCCUAUCUUGCCCACUGUCCACUACAAUAUGGGAGGUAUUCCAACCAAGUGGAACGGAGAGGUGUUGAAGAAGAACGAAAAGGGUGAAGACGAGGUUGUUCCCGGUUUGUUGGCGUGUGGUGAAGCCGCUUGUGCUUCUGUUCACGGUGCCAACCGGUUGGGUGCCAACUCGUUGUUGGACUUGGUUGUGUUUGGUCGUGCUGUUUCGCACACCAUUCGUGACAACUUGACCCCAAAUACUCCCCACAAGCCUAUGCCUCAGGAUCUCGGAGUCGAGUCGAUUGAAAACUUGGACAGAUUGAGAAACGCCAACGGAACCCACUCAACUGCAGACUUGCGUUUGGAAAUGCAAAAAACAAUGCAGAAGGGAUGUGCCGUUUUCAGAACCCAGGAGACUUUAGACGAGGGUGUAGAGCAUAUUUUGAAGGUGGACAAGAAGUUCCAUGAUGUCAAGACCACCGAUAGAUCGAUGAUUUGGAACUCUGAUUUGGUGGAAACCUUGGAAUUGCAAAACUUGUUGACUUGUGCCACCCAAACCGCGGUUUCUGCUGCCGCCAGAAAGGAGUCUCGUGGUGCUCAUGCCAGAGACGAUUACCCAGAAAGAGACGAUGAAAACUGGAGAAAGCACACAUUAUCGUACCAGACUGGAUUCGGUGAAGAAGUCAAGUUGGACUACAGAGAUGUGAUCAGAACGACCUUGGAUGAGAACGACUGUAAGCCAGUUCCUCCUGCCAAGAGAGUGUACUAG